AUGGGGUGCUGGGGGGCCUCACAUUGUAAGAAUAACCCCCUCAGUUCUCGCAAACCACCCGAAAAUCGCCAGGUUUAUGCACGAACGGGCAAGACUAGCCGCGACGUGUCGCUCUUCCUGGUGGAAAAGGGUACCAAAGGUUUCUCUUUGGGCCAGAAGAUUGAGGACAAAUGUGGCAUGCGCGCCUCCAUGACCGCUGAGUUGGUCUUCCAGGACUGCCGGGUGCCUGCGUCGAACUUGAUCGGCGAAGAGGGGAAGGCCACCCUGUGCAUGAUGAGAAAUCUGGAGAUCGAACGAGUGGUUCUGGCGGCCAUGAGUCUGGGCAUCGCGCGACGAUGCAUUGAGGAAAUGAACAGGUACGCCAGAGAGCGCCAGGCUUUCGGGUCCAAUCUCAAUAGCUUUGGACAGAUCCAGCGAUUCAUCGCGGAGUCCUAUGCAGAGUACCAGGCGGUUGCCCGCGUUGCCCGAUAUCUGAAGUUGGCCAUGCGCGGGGCUGCGAGGAUGAUCAUUGAUUUCGCCUCGGAACUCAAGGUCGCGCCUACACACGGCAUUCAGCAACGCGUGGCCAGAUUACAGGUUCGCCGGCAUCCCCAUGUAUUCGUUAGCGACAAAUGUCAAGAGGCUGAGCACUUCAAAGGAUCUGGUAGCCUCUGGUAA